AUGCGUUUGUAUUCUUCUUCUUCUUCUUCUUCUUCUUCUGCUGCUGCUGCUGCUACUACUACUACUACUACUAUUACCACCACCACCACUACUACUAUUACUACUACUUCUGCUUUCUUUUUUACCUCCACAACUACUACUUCUUUUUUAUCCCUUCUCUUUCUUCCUUACUUCUCUCCACUUUCUCAGCAUCUUUUCCUACUCCUCUUUUCCCCUCUUUUUUUAUUUCCAAUUCUUUUACUAACUCCCAGCUCCCCUUUACUCCUUCCUCUACUCCUCCUUAAUUCUCUAUUGUUCCCACAAUCAACUUCUCCCCAAUUUUAUAUUCCUCAUAUAUUUCAGUUCUUCUUCUUCUUCUUCUUCUUCUUCUUCUUCUUCUUCUUCUUCUUCUCCUAUCUAUCUAUCUAUCUAUCUAUCUAUCUAUCUAUCUAUCUAUCUAUCUAUCUAUAUUGCGUCUUCUUAGGCUAA